GUCCAACCAUAGAACAAGUCCAACUCAGCGGUUGUGUUGUUAAAUGUUAAUUGUUAUGCAGUAUUGCACUAUUGCAGUGUUAAGACACUAGUCGCUGUUGGUCGUGUUUGUCGUUACGAUUUCUUUUUUUAUCGCCGCCGCAGUAUUAUCUGCCUCCGUUCCUAUAGACUGUACAAUCUGGCGGGUCCAUUUAACAUUUAGUAUUCGUCGCUCGUCCGUCGCGUUUGUUAUCAUGUCUGCGGUGCGCGCGUGACACGACGGUGCAUAAUUUCGAGUCGUUGCCGGUGCUUACGUACGUGCGUGUGUGUGUGUGCUUUGAAUAUCUAUUUUCGUUUAUGCGAAUCGGCCGAUCAUGCUGGGUUGGCUGAGGAAAGAUGACGGUAAGAAGAUCGAGACGUACGAGUCCGUCCUGGACGGGCUACGGGAAAAGUACAAGUCCAAAUUGUUGCCCCUGGAACUGGCGUACCAGUUUCACGAUUUCCACUCGCCGCAGCUGGACGACCCCGACUUUGACGCUAAGCCCAUGAUACUGCUGGUCGGCCAGUACUCCACGGGCAAAACUACGUUCAUCAAACACCUCUUAGAAUCCGAUUUUCCCGGCAUUCGCAUUGGGCCCGAACCCACCACCGAUCGUUUUAUAGCUGUAAUGUACGAUGACAACGAAUCAAUUAUUCCAGGGAACGCGUUGGUAGUAGACCCAAAACGACAAUUCAGACCUCUGUCAAAAUUCGGCAACGCAUUCCUCAAUCGGUUUCAGUGCUCUUUAGUAAAUUCACCUGUCCUAAAAGGUAUCUCAAUAGUUGAUACCCCUGGUAUUCUAUCAGGCGAAAAACAAAGAGUGGACAGGGGUUAUGACUUCACCGGCGUAUUAGAGUGGUUUGCUGAGCACGUGGAUAGAAUUAUUUUGCUUUUUGAUGCUCACAAGUUGGACAUAUCAGACGAAUUUCGUAGAUCAAUUGAAGCACUACGAGGUCACGACGAUAAAAUUAGAAUUAUUUUGAAUAAAGCUGAUAUGAUUGAUCAUCAACAACUAAUGCGUGUUUACGGAGCACUGAUGUGGUCCUUAGGAAAAGUUCUUCAAACUCCUGAAGUAGCCAGGGUUUAUAUUGGAUCCUUUUGGGACAAACCAUUACGCUAUGAUGGUAACAGAAGAUUAUUUGAAGACGAAGAACAAGACUUGUUCAAGGACCUGCAGUCUUUGCCGGGAAACGCGGCGUUGAGGAAACUAAACGACUUGAUAAAACGUGCAAGAUUAGCCAAAGUUCACGCUUACAUAAUCAGCGCGUUACAUAAAGAAAUGCCAGCUCUUUUCAGGAGAGACGGCAAGAAAAAAGAAUUGAUCAAAAACCUUGGCACAAUUUACCAAAAUAUCCAGAAAGAACAACAGAUUUCGCCAGGAGAUUUUCCCGAUCUCAAAAAAAUGCAGGACGUACUGGUGAACUUAGAUUUUAGUAAAUUCCAAAGUCUUAAACCCCAUCUGUUGGAAGAGGUCGAUAAGAUGCUUGCCAACGACAUCGCCAAGUUGAUGGCUAUGAUCCCUUUGCAGGACAUGCAUAACCGUAAGAUGAAUAAUGGAGACGCCGAACAGCAGCAACAACAGCAGGCUGUAGUUAAAGGUGGUGCAUUUGUGAGCGUCCAGGACACAGCAAGCCCAUUCGGGUACAAGAGAGGAGAAGGUAUUGAUGCUGGCAAGGGCGAAACUGGUUGGGUGGUGGCCAAGGAACGGCAGAAGUAUGACGCGGUAUUCAACACGCUGGAGAAGUCUGACGGAAAACUGUCGGGAGCCGUGGCAAAAGCCGAAAUGGUCAAAUCGAAACUGCCCAACUCUGUGCUGGGUAAAAUAUGGAAGUUGUCGGACAUUGACCAUGACGGUUUUCUGGACAUGGAUGAGUUCGCGUUGGCAAUGCAUCUGAUACAAGUGAAGCUGGGUGGGCAUGAUCUGCCCGUCGAAAUACCCGAUCACUUAAUUCCUCCCUCAAAACGGGACGUUUAGCGACAGACAGAAAGAAAACAGGAAUCCUAUGUACAUUAUAAUAUAUAGUAGACACAACACCAACACUCGAAAAAAAAUAUAUUAUGUAUAUAUUAUAUUACGUAAUAUGGAUGUAUCGUGUAUGUUAAUUUAUUUAUAUAUUUAUAUAGUCAAUCGAACGAAAUGUAUAAAAAAAAAGGCCUGGUCUGUCAAAUUUUUGAGUAUGCUCUGUCACUUUCAGGGGUUAAAACGAAAUAAUUACACGGGAUAUGAUCACUGAACGGCAACCGAAGUUAUUCAUUAUAAUACCUAAUAUUUAGAUAAUGUUUUUUUUAUAUCAUAUAAUAUUAUAAUAUCAUACUACCUAUACUGUGUGAUGAAGAAGUGUUGCUUUUUGUUGUUGUUAUUUUUGCGGCAUUUAAUUUUUGUAUCAAUUUCGCAGCGACCAUGUGAUAUUUAUUAUUUAUUAUAUAUUUUAUAUACUUAAAACGAGAAGAAAAUGUCAAUUUUGUUCAAUCAUUGAUAAAUUAUACGCUAUUCUAAUGUAGAUUAUACGAUGUAAAUUAAAUUAUUGUUUUGUACUACUCAACAGACUUAUUAUCGUCCAAAGUGUUUUUGCCGAACCAACACAUUAUAUACGCGGUGUUAGCCGAGACCAAUAAUAAUAUAUGAUUUUUUUUUUAUAUAUAUUGUAACAAGUAAACUACCACUAUAUACCUAGUUAAAUUAUAUUUUUAUUGUAUUUGAUAAAUAUUUAUGUAAUUUAUCUUAAAGAAAUGUAUUUAUAUUUCUUGUUACACGUGUUUUUUGAAUUUGAUUAUAUAUUUUUGAAAUUAAA